UAAAUCAGAGCGAGUGCACCCAUUUCAAAAAAAUAAACAAAGAAAAGCCAAACCAAGCAGAAGAAGCACACACUUCAAAAGCAGAUGCAACACACCAAAUUCAGUAAAAAACUGAGUUCCUUCACUCUGUUCCCAUGCAUCCGAUUCUAGAAACGGUUGGUGUCUGCAUCAUUCUCCAGUGUCAGAUGAAUUCUCCUGACAAAUCGUCGGUUCCUUUUGAUUGACCAAACCAACCGUUUGAUUUAAUCAACCAAAUGAAGCCCUCCACCAAGCAUUUCCAGAAGCUCCAAUCAAACAAAACCGCGAAACCUCGGAAACAUAACCGUUACCUCCGAAAGAUCGCGAACGUGUUGCGUUACGCCGAGAUGUGCGUUGUUCUGGUCUUGGUUUCGAGGCUCUCCAUCAACCUACCAUCCACUCUCAGAAACUCAACCGAGUAUUUCCGCAACUUCAUGGGUAGUCCUCGUUUUGUGUUUUUCCUCGGAAACGUCAUAAUCAUAACGUUGUUCGCGCAAUCGGGUCACUUUUCUAAUCACUCUUCGGAUAAACCAUCGCCAGAACCCGAUCUGUAUCUCGAGUUUCUCCAGAACAGCACCAUCAAACCAACACUUGUUGUUCACAGCAACACUCGUAAAGCAAAAGGUCAGAAAAUUGAUCCCACCAAAACAGAGACUGGUUUGGAGACGGUGAAGAAGGAUUACAGAAGGUGUCGAUCGGAGAUGGUAGAGCGCGUGGUGGAGAAUGAGAAACCGGCGCGCGUGUUGCGGAGGUGUGAGACUGAGAAAGUGGUCGGCGACGUUGAUUCGUACCCUGAAGAUGGGAUGAGCAACGACGAGUUUCGUUGCAAGAUUGAGGCUUUCAUUGCUCGGCAACAGAGGCUACGAACGCAAGAAUAAAAGUGUGUUAAUUUGGUUAAGAAAAAAGUUUGUAUAUUGGUUCUACUAUUGGGUGAAGAGUGAAAAAAACUAUACAUGCAAUGUUAUUUAAUAAACAAACUAAAUAUGUGAUGUAUAGAUAAGUUGUAAUAAGUAGAGCUUAAAGGAAAGUGAGUAAAUUAUAUAUUGUUUUCAUCUUAGAAUUAAUAUAUCGCAUGUAUUUAACUUUUUCUUAA